AUGUACAUGACACGGGGCGUUGAUAUGCGCCGCACGUUCGAACACGGAAACGGGUACCCAAUGACAUGGCCAGCGCUUAAUCGUCCAUAUCACUCCGGCCAGGGACUUACCGGAUCGACAAACUUUGAGCUUGUUUCCCGGCCGUCUUCCACAUCCCGACCCGGCGCUUGUAACCCAGCACCAAGGCGUGUUCUGCUUCUGACUAAUUCGGAGCAUGGCCAAGCCAGCGUUUUCCUCGCAACUAGCUACGCUCUGCUCACGUUCGAGGAUGAAGACGUUGAAGUUCACUUCGCCUCGUUCGACCCCAUCAAGUCCUUUGUCUCGAGCACCUCAGACCAUGCCCAACAAGACAAACCUGGGGCACGGCCCAUCUUAUUCCACACCAUCGACGGUGUGGAUAUGGUGUCGGCUUGGACACGUCCCGAGAUCACAGCAGAGCAGGAAGCCUUGAAGAACCGCAGCAUGAUACCCCUCCUCCACGUCAUUAGACGGACGUUAGUGCUCCUCAAAGUCACACUCCCCUGGACGGGACCGGAAUUUGUUCAGAUUAUGCACUCCGUUGCCAACAUCGUCCGAGACGUGGAACCGGAUAUCAUUGCCGUCGACCCGUGCUUCUCCCCGGCCCUCACCGUCCUCCGGCACAUCAGAGCUAAGUUCAUCAUUCUCUCGCCAAACACAAUCAAGGACUUUGCCAUUCCUGUCCAACCCAACGCCGAAGCACUCUGGAAGUAUCCCAGGGUGUUGGGGGAGGAGGUUAGGGCGGGCGUGGUGAAAGUCGUGGAUUGGUUGGAGGCGGAACCGAUGGCGGUGUUGGAGUCGGGAGUGGUGGUGUGUACGGUGCAUCAUGGGGGGGCGAAUUCGUUUUUGGAGGCGGUUUGUGCUGGGGUUCCGCAGGUGGUCCUCCCCGUGUGGAUGGACACGUUCGACUUUGCUCGGAGGACGGAGUUGCUCGGCAUCGGGCGGUGGGGCAACCGGCGCGCUCGCAAGCUUUGUGACGAAAAGGAGCUUGGGGCCGUAUUGACGGAGGUCGUUGUCGGGGAGAAGGCGCCAGCCUAUGCGCGGAAAGCGAAAGGAACUGGCGGAGCUGUGUAA